UUCACAGUCAUAGUAAUCGUCAUGGCUCCGUUUGUGUGGAGCUUUAGAGGGAAUAUCAACCGGUUUUUAACUGAUGUUCAAAUAUUACAAUGCCUUAUCGUAUUAAUCGGUCUGUUUAAUUUGUCUGUGUGUCUCUACGAAGACCAAAUCGGAAAAUUCGACUGGAAACAAAAUUAUGUCGGUAAAAUCAAGUUCGCCAGUUUCGACACUGUCUCGACCGCGAAGAAGAUUAUUGUGGCUACCGAGGAAAAUGUUAUUGCUGCUUUAAACCUUAAAUCGGGACAAAUCUUAUGGAGACGUGUAUUAGAAAAAGGAUAUGCAGGCCAUAUUCGUGCACUGGGUGGAAUCGCAGAUGGAGAUCUUGUUUCUGUAAGUGGAGGUGUACCAGCUAUUGUUCGUGCAUGGGAUUUAGCCACUGGACAUAUCCUUCAUGAAUGGCCAAUAGCUGAGCAAAAUCCAGAUAGACGUUUCUCUCCAUUUAUAUCUUUUUCUACAGUGGGAUUAUACAGUGCUAACAGAAUCAAAGAUGUAAAAUGGCACAUAAAAGAUGGUACACUACAUCAUAUUUUACCAAUCUAUAACAGUGGUGUUGAAGUAACAUCAUACGAUAGUAAAACAGGAGACAAACUUAAAUCAAGAAGAGUCUCUGCACCAUUUAUUAGUCAAGAAACUGAGUGUGUUCUGGCAGCUCCAUAUCUAGCAUGUUUAAAAGGAGAUAGUUCAUUAGCGGUAUUGUUUUUGGUACAUUUAUUCGAACCAAACGCUCAGCCUCAGUCAGUUACAAUAAAUACAAUAUUUGGUGCUGGUGCACAAGGUCCAUAUCAUUUGGAAUCAGUACUUGGCGCAGAACCUGUUGUAUCAAUUAGUGCAGAUGCUAAUCAGAGAAAACGAAUUCUUGUUUUGGGAGAGGAGAUACCAGUUCCUGUUCAAAGAGAUAUAGCUGGCGAUGCUAUGCUCUAUAUUGUUUUGGUCGACAAUGAAAAAGUACUUCUCGAAGCAACAUACAAAGCUGGAACAACAGAAAUUGUGGCCACAGAACUAUUAACAUCAACACCUAUGCCAGCCUUAUCAAUGAGUGUAUCGCACGCUGCAUUAUUAUCGCCAACUAUUAUGUCUUCAGUCUGUCCGCGACAAGCAAAAGGCAUAACGUGUCGUCACUUAUUAUCUUCGCAAGACCACAGUGUCGCACUGUUACAACAUAAUAAAUUAAUAUGGGCUAGAGAGGAAGCACUUGCGAGUAUUGUAGCUGUCGAAAUUAUAGAAUUACCUAUGUCUGAUAGAGAGCAGGAAAUUGAAACAGAAUUUGAUCAAAAAGAAAGGGAUGUGUUGAGUAUGAUGAUCAGGAGAGUCAGCUCACAAUUUAAGCAAGCAAAGGCAUUUGUGCAAUCUGUAUUAAGUAUUAUACCACAACCAUCGAAUCAGCGUACUGAUUUAGUACGAGAUAAAUUUGGAUUACAUAAAAUGAUCGUUCUUGUUACAUCUGCAGGAAAAUUAUAUGGUAUCGAAACUCGAAAAGGCGAAAUUAUCUGGCAACUCAGAGUACCAAGCAUUCGAGGUUUUGUAAAAAGAUCUGAUUCAAUAAUCUUGUAUGUGCAGCGUGGCAGCAGACAUUUUCCUUAUCCACCGCAAUGUGCGCUAUUAGCAGAAGAUAAAAAAACAGGAGAAGGAGUUAUGUAUACAUUUAAUCCAAUUACUGGUCAACCAUUAGAUGGUUUAAUAAAAGUAGGGUAUAAAAUAAAGCAAUCCAUAUUGCUUCAUGUUACAACUGAUGAUUUCUUACGAAGUAUUCUUAUUCUUGAUAAUCGGGAUAAAGCACAUGUAUACCCCGAAAGUGCAACUGCAAUGGCUGCAUCGCUUGGUAAAAACAUGUACAUAUUUACUGCUGAUCAAGCAACAGGCGUAUUAUCUGGAUUCUCUCUUUCAUAUAGCACGACUCAGGAACUGAUCGCUCAUAAAGUAUGGGAGUUAACACUUUCCCCAAGAAACCAAAGAAUUACACACGUUGUAUCAAAAAAUCCAAUAGAACAUGUUCAUUCCCAGGGUAGAGUUUUAAGCGAUAGAUCUGUACUAUAUAAAUAUAUUAAUCCUAAUUUGGUUGCUAUAGUAACUGAGGGUGUUGGAUAUACUCAUAAAAAUACGCUUAAUCUGUAUCUACUGGACACAGUAUCUGGAGCAAUGAUAUUUUCUAUUAUACACAAGAGAGUGCGUGGUCCAGUCCACAUUGUGCAUUCUGAAAAUUGGAUAGUAUACAGUUACUUUAAUGAAAAGAGUCGUAGGACCGAAAUCGCUAGUCUAGAACUGUAUGAAGGAAAAGUACAGAGUAAUACCACAGUGUUUUCAUCUUUAGCGACAACUAAAUUGCCACUUGUGGAAAGGCAAGCCUUUAUUUUUCCUGCAGCAAUAGAAUCAAUGCGGGAGACUAUCACGGAGAAGGGUAUUACAAGCAAGCAUAUUAUUGUGGCCCUAGCGAAUGGUGGUGUAUUGGAGUUACCGUGGAUGAUGAUAGAUCCACGCCGGCCUAUUAAUCCGGAAAUACGUGAAGAAGGUGUAAUUCCAUACAUGCCAGAGAUACCUAUUCAAAUGGACGCAAUAAUUAAUUAUAAUCAAAGCGUCUUUAGGGUGUCAGGUGUUCAUACUAGUCCUAGUGGCCUUGAAAGUACUUGCUUAGUUUUUGUACAUGGUCUUGACUUGUUCUACACGCGUGUGGCACCAUCUAAAACAUUUGAUGUUCUGAAGGAAGAUUUCGAUUAUUACCUAAUUAUGAUAGUAUUAGCAGGGCUCCUAAUUUCAUCUUAUGUCACGAAAAAAUUAGCUUCGCAGAAAGCUCAGAAGCAAGCGUGGAAAUGAUGUUUCACUUCUCUAGAGACUCAGUGCAUAACAUUCUUAAGUAUCUGUUCACUAAAGGUGAAACAUUUUGCUAUUAAUAAUUUGUAAAGAAAAGGUACUGUUUUAUAAAAAGACAAUGUUACUGCAAACGUAAAUGUUAACAAUUUAUUAUAUCACCUAAAGUAUCUAAACAUGCAUACAUAUUGUUUGUUCCUUUAUUGGUACAGAACGCACACUAUAAAGAUACUAUAGAGAUAACAUAUUUCUGAAUCUUUAAGACAAUGUGUGCUAGUCAUUGUACGACAAGAGUGGACCAUGAUCGCUAAUUAUUAGAUCAUUAAAAUAACUGACAACGUGCUCAAACUAUGAUUAAUUUUUCGUUCAAAUUACAGUAUUUUUGGAAAUCUCUAAGAAAUUCCGUAUUUCUGAAAGUAUUCAUUGAUGCUAGUAAAAGAGAUAUAUAGAAAAGUGAUAUACGUAUGUAAUAUGUAGGACGCAAACGAGGAACACAUAGGACGAUUCUCUGACGACGAAUGACGUCUUGUUGUCAUAACCACUAACACAACGUAAACAUCUUUUUAUACUUUGUUAUAUUUUCA